CCACAGUGUAGGACGCUGUCAAAACCCACACAGCAUCAUUUGCAGAGAAGGAAUAGUUCCUUGCCCAACCAUUAUAUUUCUUUAGCUCGAGAAGAUACUCUCAGAUCUACAUAGUAAAAUAGUGGACAAACAUUGCCUCAGGUAUGGAUGGUGCUGUGAUGGAGGAGGAGGAUGACUGCCCUGAGCUGGUGCCCAUUGACAACCCUCCUGGUCCUCUUGCAGAGCAGAUACCUGUCACUAUCAUCACAGGAUAUCUGGGUGCUGGAAAAACAACGCUCCUGAAUUAUAUCUUGACAGAACAACACAACAAAAGAAUUGCCGUCAUUCUCAAUGAAUUUGGAGAAGGCAGUGCUCUUGAGAAGUCACUUGCAGUGAGCCAUGCUGGAGAGCUGUAUGAGGAAUGGCUGGAGCUUAGAAAUGGGUGUCUCUGCUGCUCUGUAAAGGAUAAUGGUCUUAAAGCCAUUGAGAACCUGAUGGCGAAGAAAGGAAAGUUUGACUACAUCCUGUUAGAAACCACAGGGCUGGCUGAUCCAGGAGCCGUGGCCUCCAUGUUCUGGGUUGACGCAGAGCUUGGCAGUGACAUCUAUUUGGAUGGCAUCGUCACAGUCAUUGACGCCAAAUAUGGACUGCAGCAACUGUCAGAGGAAAAAGCAGAUGGACUCAUCAAUGAAGCUGCCAGACAGAUUGCUGUCGCUGACUUGACCAUCAUCAACAAGACGGACCUGGUGAAUGAGGAGGAACUCACUGUGACCCGAGAUGCUGUCAGAUCUAUAAAUGGCCUUGUUAAGAUCGUUGAAACCCAGAGAUCAAGGGUGGAUCUCUCUGAAGUGCUCGAUCUGCAUUCCUUUGACAGUAAAGAUGGAGUAAAUCUGGCUGAGAAGCUCCAACUUGUGAAGUCUACAAGACCUCAUCUAGAUAAGAGUAUUUUAACUGUGACGUUUGAGGUUGCUGGAGAUCUCCCUGAGGACGCCUUAAAUGUCUUCAUCCAGGAUCUGCUUUGGGAGAAGACGUUAAAAAACAAAGAGGGGAAACCCAUGACCGUCAUUCGGUUAAAGGGUAUAGUAUCACUCACAGGUAAAGCCCACCAAGUGAUGCUGCAGGGGGUCCACGAGCUGUAUGACCUGAAUGAGACUCCGCAGCUCUGGGAGGAGAACCCGCGGAUCAACAGACUGGUCUUUAUAGGUAGAAACUUGGACAAAGACAUUCUGAGGGGACAGUUCAUCUCUGCAGUGGUGGAAAGAACAGAAGGACAGUAGCUACAAGCUCUUCUCUCUCUCUGUAUUUCGUUCCAGGAGCAAAAGUUGAGACGUUGGUUAUCCAUAUCUGUUCUUCCUCCAAGAACAUGAGGUAAUGUCAGAGAACGGUUGAGGUGGCUGUCACGAUUUUCAUGGUGGUUAAAGAGUGUAAUAAUUCACGGCAUCUUUGAAAGCCACAGCGUGUUAAUAAGGAUAGAAACUGCUGUAGUGCCUGAGCUAAAUCAUGUGACAUCUAGAAAGAAAACUAAACCUGAACAUGAUUUCAAUAAUUAUGCACAAAGAGAGGUUUUAUAAAGGGCCUAAAAUGUAUAUGAAUACAUUGUCAUUUCCAUAAAGAAGACUUUGUUAAAUCUGCUUUUUAAAAGAGUGGGAACCCAAGAGGUGACACUCACUCUUUGUUUGACGUGUGGUUCACUGAAAUGAAGUCGGCUUGCUUGUGUAACAUGCUGCUUUUGAAAUUUAUUUAAAAUAAAGCUUUUCUCUGAACA